CAGACAUUCAUGUGUGAUCUGAAACAGUAGAGCGGGUUUUAACAUUUACACUCUCUUGAUGAGAUGUUGACAUACUCAGAAAAACACUUAUUAAGUAGAAGAAAGUGCUGGCUGUCGCCAAGUGUUGACAAGGGACUUAGAGUGAAAACAGAUAUCAAAGGAAAAUACGCCAUCAGAAAGCAAUUCAGAUGAAUUUGAAUUUUGAGAGACAUAAGGGCAGAAGAAGUCCCAGAGCAUAAAUUAGUCAUUUGUUAACAUUUGAAUCUUGUGUCUACAGGCAGAGUUGGUUCAAAAAUCACCUUGAAAACAAACCUCUACACACAUGUGUGAGAAAGUCAAGUUUCCAGAUUAGUUUAACAAAGGAGGGAAGAAUUACACUAAAUCAUUCCAUGGCCUGAGGCUCCAGACAGAAAAACAAGGAGAAAGCAACUGAGUCACAAGCUUCCCAGUACCUCAGCGGCACCUCUUCAGCUAUCUCCAAGUAAAACAAUAAUUGCAUUGUAUAAUCAAAAGAAGAGUCACCUAACAGGAGUUUCUCAGUUUCAUUUACUCUCCCUUUCCUCCUGCCUGGUAUGGAAAUGGGAUACCAAGACAGGAAGCAUCCAUCCUGGAAACAUGGGCAUCAUCUCAGUCUGUUUGUGCUGUUGUAACAAGCAAGAGAAAUUCAUUGCACUUGGAUCUGGAGCAUGGGCAGUCCAAUAUUAAGGAUCAACAGACUUCAUAUCUGUUUGGCUUUGCAGCCAUCAGGAGCUCAGGGCGGCCUACAGAGAUGGUGGAAGGGCCAGGCUGUACCCUGAAUGGAGAGAAGAUUCGGGCGCGAGUGCGGCCAGGCCAAGCUGUGACCGGCGUGCGGGGAAGAGCGCUGCAGAGCCUGGUGGGCCCUGCCUUGCCCCCCGCAGCCUCUCAGGUUGAGGUCUCUUCCCAGGCUGCUACAGUGAAUACUAAGGAUUGUGGCUGGGAAUUCUUGAGACUGUUUAAUGGAUAUGUUUACAGUGGCGUGGAAACCUUGGGGAAAGAGCUGUUUAUGUACUUUGGCCCAAUAGCUUUACGGAUUCAUUUUGGGAUGAAAGGCUUCAUCUCGAUUAACCCAGGGGAAUGUGAAAAUAGAGGUGGGGUCUCCCCAACUUUCCAAGUGCAGCUCACCCGGGACUUGAUCUGCUUCUUUGACUCUUCAGUAGAACUCAGAAAUUCAACGGAAAGCCAACAGAGAGUAAGAAUGAUGGAAGAAUUGGAUGUGUGUUCACCAAAGUUCAGUCUCUCGAGAGCAGAAAGUGAAGUUAAACAGCAGAAAGAUCGGAUGCUAUGUGAUGUGGUACUGGAUCAGAGAGUGCUGCCUGGUGUAGGGAACAUCAUCAAAAAUGAAGCUCUCUUUGACAGCGGCCUCCAUCCAGCUGUUAAGGUGUGUGAGCUCUCAGAGGAGCAGACCCAUCACCUUGUGAAGAUGAUCCGUGAUUUCAGCAUUCUCUUUUAUAGGUGCCAUAAAGCAGGAUCUGCCAUUUCUAAACACUAUAAGGUUUACAAGCGUCCUAACUGUGGUCAGUGCCACUGCAAAAUUACAGUGUGUCGCUUAGGGGAAAACAGCAGGAUGACCUAUUUCUGUCCUCACUGUCAGAAAGAAAACCCUCAGCAUGUUCAGCUAUGCAAACUGCCAACGAGAAAAGCUGUAAUCAGCUGGACCUCUGGGAGAGAAGAUUGCCUUAUGGACUCAGUGGCUCGGAAAUUUGAAGAGCAGUGGUCCUGUGUGGUCUGUACCCUCAUAAACAAACCUUCCGCUGAGGCCUGUGAUGCUUGCUUAACUGUAAGGCCUGUUGAUUCAGUGCUCAAGAAUGAAGAGAAUAACAUUGCCGCUAGCAACUUAGUGAAGUACCCUUGUAAUAACUUUGGGAACACACAUACAGAAGUUAAGAUCAACAGGAAAGCUGUAUUUGGAAGUACAACCCUUGUCUUGACUGAUUUCAGUAAUAAAUCCAGUACUUCGGCCAGAAAGAAAAGCCCAAACCAGAUAAUCGGUGGGGGAUUUCAAAACUUUCUUCCUACAGAUGUGUGUUUUAGUGAUCUACAGCACCCCUCCAAAGAAGGAGCAAACUACAUUACUCAGCCAUCCAACAGGGUAAACAUAUCGCCUACAGUUUGUGCCCAGUCUAAAUUAUUUAGUUCAGCACAUAAAAAAUUGAAAACAGCUCACUCUUCAGAAGCAGACCCUAAAUAUUACAACCCUGGACUCUCUAACAGUGAACGCCAAACCAGUACAACGGAUGGUCCUCGCUCUGUAAAUGCGGGCAGUCCUCGGUGCAAGAAGCACAACCGCCUUUGUGUGCUCCGAGUUGUGAGGAAAGAUGGAGAAAACAAGGGGAGGCAGUUUUAUGCCUGUCCUCUACCCAGAGAAGCACAAUGUGGAUUUUUUGAAUGGGCAGACUUAUCCUUCCCAUUGUGCAAGCAUGGCAAGCGCUCCAUUAUGAGAACUGUGCUGAAGAUUGGACCUAAUAAUGGGAAGAAUUUUUUUGUAUGUCCUUUGGAGAAAGAAAAGCAGUGUAACUUUUUCCAGUGGGCAGAAAGUGGACCAGGAAUGGAAAUUAUUCCUGGAUGCUAAUACUUUUGCUUUUUAAAGAAUGUCUGGCAUAUGAACUCAUCAGGCUCACAAUGUUCAGCCCCCUUUGUUUAGUAGAAAGCUUAUAGAAUACCUGUGGUACAUAUAUGCAUUAAGAUACUGUCAUAUUUGAGAAGUAUUCUUUGCUUAAAUAUGUCACUUUCCCAUUUCUUUUGUCAUAAUGAACACACUAUACUAAACCAGGUGGAUAGCACAUUUCCUUUAAAGUGUAUAUUUAACACAUUUAGUAACAAUAAAGUAUUGUUAGUUUGGUUUUGGUCUCUCAUAA